GCAGUCCGCCUAGUCCCCAGCCCCACGUGAAGGCGACCGCAGCGGUUUGGCGAGCGAAAGAUCCCGCUUUGGAGGGAGACGCGAUGGCGGAAAUGGAGACCCUGAACCUGAACAAUGAACAGAGUGAAGUACGGCCUGGAGUGGGGAGAUGGUCUCCAGACUUAGCUGCAAAGCAAGCCUAAGAGCAAACUGGGGAACUACAAUAAUCGCAGGUCUCAGCAGAAGUCGGCCAGGAGCAGAGUGGGAUGGGUAGAAUCCCUGCCCAGGGAGAAGGUUGUGAAGAUGAGGAAGGAAGUGAAGAAGGUCCGAGUUUUGGUUAUCCGCAAACUCACCAGGCACAUCACCAAACUGAAGUCAAAAAACGGUUCUGAAGGUGAACUACAGAAGAACGAAAGACGAGUGCAACGAUUAGUUGAGGAAAUCCAUGCCAUGAAGGAGGUAAAACCUGAUGAAGUUACUAAAUCUGCUCUUGCGGAAGACAUUAACUUUGAGAAAGUUUGUAAAAAGCCAGAUUUGACUGCUACUGAAAGGGCAAUUGCCAGACUAGCAACACAUCCGCAGUUGAAGAAAAAAACUGAUAAUUUAAAAGCUGCAGUCAAAGCCUUUAAAGAUGCCAGGCAGGCUGGGGCUGGAGCUGAGGCUUCAGAGAAGUGUGCAGAAGGCGAUCCUUCAAAACUGCUAAGUUGCAAGAGAAAGGUGGAGAGACAGCCUCCAAAAGAGAGGACCAACCAAAAGCAAGAAGAGAAGGAUAAAGCCUUGGUGAGCAAGAAACCAAACAUUAAGCCUGAGGGGAAAGUGAGCAGAGAGUCUUCCACAAGGCCAAGACAGGGCCAAGACUCUCCAAAAGGUCCAGGCCAGCCUGCUCCAAAGCUUCCUUCACUCCCACAAGAGACCACAAAGAGCUUUGGCCAGGGCACCAACCUGAAUACACAUGCUACCCCAAACCGGCUCACUUCAACUGAAGAGCCACAGAGCGACAACAGUGAUCUGGAAGAGUUAAGCGAAGGCGAGAAAGAAUAUUUUGACGACAGCACCGAAGAAAGGUUUUAUAAGCAGUCUUCGGUUUCGGAAGAUAGUGGCGGCGAGGAUGAUUUCUUCAUUGGUAAAGUGAAGCGGAUGAAGAAGAAAGAAAACAGCAACCAGGCUUCAGCUAAGGGCCAAAAGACUCUCCCCAAACCACUGCCAAAGGAAGGAAAGCCUCCAGAGCGGGAAAACCUGCUGCAGAGGGCAGCUCCUGAAGCCAGCCGACCCAGUGGGAAAUCGAAGAAGCUGGAAUCGGUGUUUUGCCAUUCUUUGUCGGACUCCAAAGGUGUUAAGAAAAAUGCCCGAGAGCAGGCUCCCCGGACCAGGAUCCCUGCUUUUCAACAGAAGGAAAGUUGGAACAAGAAACAGCUUAAUAAGGGCACAAACUGCAGGCCUGAAAAUAAGAGGCAGCAACAGCAGCAACCUCUUCAUCCUUCGUGGGAGGCAAGUAGGAGACGAAAGCAAGAGAUGUCUAAAAUCGCACCAUUUCAAGGGAAGAAGAUUACAUUUGAUGAUGAUUAACCUGGUCGUGAAGUCUUCAUUUUGGGAGGAAGGCUAUUUCACCUCCAACCCUCCUGCUUUGGGUACAUAAUGCUGGGUACUUAAGUUUGAGCUUGUGUGUCCCACUUUUAGCACAGCAAGAAAGAGUUGUGCUAGAGUUUACAAAUGUUUUAAGCAAGUUAAAUGUUGGAGGUGUUUAACCUACUUUAUCAAUUCUAAGAAAGCUGUGCAAUGCAUUUGUUUUAUAAAAUCUCCUGAAGAGUAUUUUUGAGUGUCACAUUUGAUUUCCUUUUUUUGGGGAUGGCGGGUGGGUAUCUGUCGUGAGAAUUACAUCACCACCUGUUUUGCUUUGAGGUUUUCUCAUUCAAAUAAAGAUGGAGGUUUAUUACUUGCUGAUAAUAGCCAAGGUGGUAAUACUAGAGAGAGGAGAGCAUUUAAUUGCUCUUGAAAUUAUAACAUUGGCCAAUAAUCAUGUCUUUUAAAAACUGUUAAUCUUAUGGAAACUACUGGAAUUUUAAUUUUGUUUCCAUAAUUGUGUAAGUACUGCUAUAAAAAAAAAUUUGAGAAUGAUUAACUUGGGGCAUGAAGUCUUCAUUUUUGGAAGAAGGUAAUGUUCACCUCCAACACUUCUAUUUUGGGUAUCUAAUAUUGAUUAUUUAAACCUGAAUUUGUGUGUCCCACUUCUUAGCUCACUAGAAAAGAAUAUUGUGCUAGGGUUUGCAAAUGUUUUAGUCAUGCUGGAUGUUGUAGUGUUUAAACUACUUUAUCAAACAAUUAUAAAAAGCCAAGAAAGCUGUGCAGUGCCCUCACUAUGUAAAAAUCUCCUGGAGAGCAUUUUUGAAGCAUUUGCGAGAAUGUCAUAUUUGUCUCAUGAAAAAUGCAUCACCACCUGUUCUGCUUUGAGGUUUUCUUAUUCAGUUAAAGAUGGAGGUUGAUUAUUUGCCGAUAAUAGUCAAAGUAUUAAGAACAGAGAGGAGAACAUUUAAUUAUUCUUGUAAUGGAAACAUUGGCCCAUAAUUAUGUCUUUUUUAAAAACUAUUAAAUGAAAACUACUGGGUGGGAAUUGAAUUUUGUUUCCAUUAUCUGCAUAACUGUUGCUUUAAAAACAUUACAUUUGAUGUUGAUUAACCUGGGCAGAAAGUCUUCAUUUUUGGUAGAAGGCAAUGUUUACCUCCAGCCCUUCUGUUUUGGGGUCAUAAUGUUGAAUAUUAAAAUUUGAGUCUGUGUGUCCCACUUCUAACACACCAGGAAAGACUAUUGUGCUAGGGUUUAAAAAUGUUUUAGGCAUGCAAAUGUCUAAAGGCACCACCACCUAUAAACUCCUGGAGUUUUAAUUUUGUGUCUGAUAUAUAUAUAUAUAUAUAUAUAUAUAUAUAAAGCUACUGCUGUAGAAAGAUUGCAUGUGGUGAUGAUUAACCUGGACGUGAAGUUUUCGUGUUGGGAAGAUGGUGAUGUUCACCUCCAAUCCUUCUGUUUUGUGUAUAUAAUAUUGAGUAUUUAAAUUUGAGACUGUGUCCCACUUUAAAAAGUAUUGUGCUGGGGUAUACAAAUGUUUUAGACAAGUUAAAUGUUGGUGUUUAACCUACUUUAUCAAACAAUUCUGUAAAGCCAAGAAAGCUAUGCAGUGCAUUCAUUUUAUAAAAUCUCCUGGAGAGCAUUUUUAAAGCAUUUUUGAGUGUCACAUUUGAUUUUAUUUUUGUCUGUCAUGAAAAAUAUAUCACCACCUGUUCUGCUCUGAGGUUUUCUCAUUCAAGUGAAAGUAGAGGUUGAUUACUUGCUUAUAACAGCCAAGGUAGAAAGAACAGGGGAACAUUUAAUUGCUCUUUUAAUGGAAAUACUGGCUAGUAAUCCUGUCUUUUAAAAGCUAUUAAAUGAAAACUCCUGAGGCUUUUAAUUUAAUUUCCAUUAUCUGUACAACCAUUGCUUUAAAUUUUAAACCCUUUUCUCAAUUCAAAAUAAAAUUGUUAUCCAUUCUC